GUCUGUCUGUCUGUGUGCGAGCGACCCAAAUCUCACCCGUUUCCUCCUCCGUUAAUGUUUAUUUGCGGUCUCCUCGGAGAUUGGAUCCGUGUGUGUUGAUCUGUUCCCGGGUGUCAGCAGCAGUACACGAUCUGGGCGGGUUUGACACGGUUAGUUCCCGCCCUGAACUCCUUCACUCACUCACAGGUUGAUAUUGUGAGACAUCAUAGCGCUCGCGGUCGCUCUGAUACAUUGUUACCAGUCGGUGGUGUUUGGCGGGUCAUUGCGAUACAUUGUAUCCGCUGAUGAUGGAGCGCUGGAGGGGGAGAGUCGCGUUGGUUACCGGAGCUUCUGUCGGGAUCGGAGCGGCUGUCGCUCGGGCUUUGGUCCAGCACGGUAUGAAGGUGGUCGGAUGCGCCAGAAGCGUGGACAAAAUCGAGAAGUUGGCAGCGGAGUGUCAGAGCGCAGGAUACAGCGGCAUGUUGAUCCCGUAUAAAUGUGAUCUGUGUAAUGAAGAUGAGAUUUUGUCCAUGUUCUCGGCUAUAAAGACUCUUCAUCAGGGUGUGGAUGUGUGCAUUAAUAAUGCAGGUUUGGCCCACAAUGAACCUCUUCUCAGUGGACACACAGAAAGCUGGAGGAAUAUGAUCGAUGUAAACAUUCUAGCUUUGGCCAUCUGUACACGUGAAGCUUACCAGUCCAUGAAGGAGAGAGGUGUAGAUGACGGACACAUCAUCAACAUUAACAGUAUGGGCGGUCACAGGGUGAUCCCCAGCGCUGAUGCACAUUUUUACUCUGCUACUAAAUUCGCCGUGACCGCGCUGACAGAAGGUUUGAGACAGGAGUUACAAGAGGCCAAAACACACAUUCGAGCCUCGUGUAUAUCACCAGGUAUAGUGGAAACUGAAUUUGCCUUCCGACUUCACAACAGUGAUCCAGAGCGAGCCGCAGCGGUUUAUGAGAGUAUAAAGUGUCUGAAAGCAGAAGACGUAGCCAGUGCUGUUAUAUAUGUCCUCAGUGCACCUGCUCAUGUUCAGAUCGGUGAUGUCCAAAUGCGGCCUGUAGAGCAGGUGCCAUAGACCCAGAAGAAUGUAAGAGCAGAUUCAACACGAGUGAACACUGCGUCACCUGCUGGUGAAAAUGUGUAUAACAUAGUUUUAAAAGACUGUGAUUGCAGGGAAUUGGUUUGGGAUUCAGAUUCGGUUCAAAUCUGAGACUGUGGUGACCUGAAGAGACUGUCUGUGCUUUAGGGAGUCUGAUGAGGUGAAGCAGAGAGUGAGAUCACCAAAUGCAUUUAAAUUUACAGAUCUACACAAUCUGCUGCUGGUACAAAUAAAAGGGGACAUUUUUGGCAUUUGAAAGAAAAAACACUGGCACGAAAGAGAGAGAGAGAGAGAAGUUAAAGCGAGUGUUACAGCCUGAGAUGGUCGUGUGUGAGACUAAGAUGCCAUAAAUUGCACAACUCAUUUUUCUUUAUUAAUAGGUCAUACUGCAUAUAUCGCUUUGAGAGUGUGACAAUAACAAACAAUGCUGCUGAUGUUAAAGACUAUAUGAAUUAUUUCAUGUAGUUUCUCAUAUAAUUAGCACGAAAUGAUGGAGCUUCUGUAUCAUGCAUUCAUCUGAACUUGUGUGGUUUGUUGAAUGUGCUGGAAGAAUAACAUGCAGAUAAUUUCAUUAUAUCUGUUUGCUGCUGUCACACUCCUACAUGAACCUCAUAAUGUUGGUUUUUAUUUCGAACCCGACUAAAAAGUCAAACACUGACUAUUUUUAUCAUAGGAGCCUUGAGACGCUGAAGAACUAAUACUUGAUAUAAAGUCAUCUGUUUUUACUGAUUAAACAUGAUUAUUAUUAUUGAUUAUGGAUAUUUUUACACUUUAAGGGCAUACUUUGGGUUAUAUUUAGUACUAAUGUACCUGUACUGUAAUUUUACAAAUGCUGAAAUGAUGUACAAUGUGUUCACAUUCAAUAUUUCGGUAACA